UUAACCAGACUGUUUACAUCCGGUAUUUGUGGGCGGAGACACAAAAUGGCGUCGGGAAAUGAGCAAACAAGCCGCGGAUUCCAGCAGUUUCCUCUCGUUUCCUACUCUAUUCCAGAUGAUGAUGAGAUAAAGGAGAGAAUAGCCUUGGCUCUAAACCUCAAAGAUGGCCAACAGAGCAUCGGCCAGUCCGUACAGGAUCCCUACACGCUGGCUGUCAAGUACAUUGAGAAGCAUAAGAUUGUGGAGGUGUUUCAGAACAUUACUGCUAGGCUGGCUUAUGAGAAGCCUGAUGACCCAAUACAGUACGUCCUUGACGCCAUAGCAAAAGUUAGAAAAGGAGAAGUGAUAGAAGAGCUAAAGUGACUUAUUAACUUUGUGACUUCACCAAAUAUGUGGUUUUAUUUUCACAAGCAACUCAGAUCUCUUAAAUAAAUAUUUAAAUUUCCUUUUUUUUUAAAUUUGAUUUAUGAUUUUGUUUCUUAAACCAAUUCCACCACAUAA